AUGACUGAUUUACCCAUUACACCAACUAUGGAUCAAAUUGAUCCUGAUAGUUUAACACAUAUUUGUCUAAUUGAUAGAGUCUCUGUAUCAUCGUUUGAUAAUGAUAGUUUAACACCUUUAGGCGAUGGACAUUUAGUUGCCUACAUCUCUUCUGAUCCCUUAGCGAAACAACAAGUUUUACUAUUACAAUUUUAUAAUUAUUUUGAUGAAAUGAAAGCAGCAAUUGUUCUAGUGUCAAGAUCACAGGCUUGGUUACAAGAUGAUCGUACGUUAAUAUUUCCUAGGGCCGAAGGUGGUUUAUGGAGAAUAGACUGCAGUGCCUCUGAUGAAUUAGCAUUUACUGAACUUCAAGAUGUUCUUACAUUUUUUAUUAAAUAUGAAAAUCGACAUCAAAUGAAGAAUACAUUAGCUAUGGUUGAUCCAGUCUCCUGUAAAAUGACCCAAGUCGUUGCAAAUAACGUUCAGUUAGAUUUAACAGAGUCUCAAGAUAUUCUUGAUGAAGAAGAUUUUAUUACUUCUCAUGAAAAUAAACAAGGACAAAAAUUGCCUGUUUAUAUCCAAGAGACAACGAUGAAUGUAGUCAUAAUUAUAGAAACGGUAGAUCCUUCACAAGUUAAAAAAGUCAAGUUACUUUAUCAGUCAGGAGAUGCUAUGGUUACUGGUUCAGAUUGGAUUGCUCAUGCUAUUGUUUUAGCUGGACAGGCACUUGCAAAGGGUAUUACUAGUGGAAGCAAAAUAAUUGAAAAGAAAAUUGAACCAGCAAAGACACCUGUUCGACUCAAUGAUCAAGAAAAACGAAUACUCGAAAUUGUCUAUAAUACAACAAGUACAGCAACACAAAUGACGGCCAAUUUAGUAGAUAAAGCAGUAUCAACAGCUUUAUCAGGAAUUAAUUCAAUCGUUUAUCAAGAACAAAUAGAAGAAACUAAUAAAGAACCUAUUCAGAAUGCCUCUCGACAUUUCGGUAUGUCUGCAUUACAGGCUGCUGUCAAAAUAAUAGGUGGAGUUGCCUCUGCUGCUUCCGUUGUUCUCACAUCCUCCAGGGAUAGUCUAGUUCAAAUGAUUCAUAAAAAAUACGGUGAUGUUGGUUAUAUGGCUGGAAAGACAUUAGGAACUGGUAAAAAUAUAGCUGAAAUGCUUAUCUAUUUUGAUGCGAGAGGUAUUUCAAGAAGAGUCAUUCUAAGUGGUGUAAAUGAUCUUCGUAAAAAAAGCCAAGAGAAUAAAGAAGUUGUAUUCGAGAAUGAAGAGUGGAUUGAAGAUAAGAAAACAAAGGAAUCAAAAGAAGAUACGGCUACUAUUAAUAAAACCGUCUCCAUCUAA